AAUUAGCCGCUUCCGCUAGUAAUAAUCUGUCUCCUUCUUCUCGAACACACUCGAAAAUUGUUCUUCUUCAGUCUUCACUGAAUACCAGUGGUUAUGGCAUUCGCUCACAAUCUACUCCCUAUUCCCGCAAAACCCUCCCCUAAGUGCCCACUUCCUUCCAUUUCGAACCCAUCAUGUUCGAUUUCAUCACACUUCCCCUCCAGAGCUCAAAAUCACUCACUAGCAUUUACCACACUCCGCAGAAUCAUCAAUCACAAAGCUAAGGCUACACCACAAGAACCUGAAGUCAGUGCAGGUGCGGCCAUCGAUGCGUUCACACAAUUCAAGCAUCUGCUUUUGCCUAUUACAGAUAGGAAUCCCUAUCUCUCAGAGGGAACAAGACAGGCUAUAUCUACUACUACUGCUUUAGCUAAGAAGUAUGGAGCUGACAUUACAGUUGUAGUUAUUGAUGAACAGCAGAAAGAGUCACUUCCUGAGCAUGAGACCCAACUAUCCAGCAUCCGUUGGCAUAUAUCUGAAGGUGGAUUUAAGGACUACAACUUGCUAGAGCGGCUAGGUGAAGGGAGCAAGCCAACAGCAAUUAUUGGUGACGUUGCUGAUGAACUUAAUUUGGAUUUGGUAGUUAUUAGCAUGGAAGCAAUUCAUACAAAGCAUAUAGAUGCAAAUUUGCUUGCUGAGUUCAUCCCCUGUCCUGUCAUGCUUUUGCCAUUGUAAUUUGCAUUUGUUUCUAAGAUAGGAAAAUGAUUUACUUCUAUAAUCUGCUAUAACUUCUUUGCUGUGAAAUUCCAUGUUGUUUAGCAUUUGCUACUGCAGCGUCAGGGUUACUUUGUUGAAAAUGCAUAACUGUACCUGACUGAGGUGGGGUGCUUAUAUGAAAUUUCCAUCCUUUUUUGUGAGCAUUUCAUAUGAGAACUGUUGCUAGUGCCAAUGAAUGUGGGUGCCUAUUUAGAUU